CCUCCGCGAGGCCGCCCGCUGCCAGGUGAGGCCUGCGAGGAGCAGGCCGCCAUGUCCUCCUCCUCCUCUUCCCGGCCGUCGCCGCCCUCCCCUUCCCGGCUGGAGCGGCUGCGGGAGGAGCUGGCGUGGCUGCGGGAGCGGUGCUCGGUCUCGGCGGCCGUGAGGGGCAGAAGCGCCCGGAGGAAGGUGACUCUGCCGGGGAAGCCAUCGCUGGAGGGCUGCCUGAGGGAGCUGAGCGAGGCCCAGCGGGGAUGGGAGGCCCUCUUGGCCUCGGCGGCGGCCCUGAGGCGAAGGGCAGCAGGAGGCGUCAGCAAGGCUCCCUGGAGGCCCGGCUGGGAGGCGCUGGCGGCGGCGGCGGAGGGGACGGCGGCCCUCCCGGAGAACAGCCAGGAGACCCUGCUCAACUUCCUGGACCUGGGCCUGGCCCUCAUCCGCUGCAUCCAGGCCUCCAGGGCGGGAAGAGGCCCAGGAGGAGGAGGAGGAGGAAGACGGGGCAGGCCCAGGGCCUCUCAGGGCCCUCCUGCUCCUGCUCCUGCUCCUUGGGGCCCAGAGGGAGAGGAGGCCUCCUCCUUGGACGCCCUCCUGGAGAAGGUGGAGGCCUGGCAGAAGGAGGUCGACGCCCUCAAGGGCACCAAAGGGGAAGCUAAGCAUGUCUAUGGGAAGAAGAAGAAGAGAGCCAUGGCCAAUUUGGGCCCCCCAUUGGCCCCCAUUUUGGACCUGGAGGAAGGCUUCAAUGCCACCCCACAGAAGGCAGAGGGCCUGCAAUGGAAGCUAGGAGUCCUGGCCAACCUGGAGCCCCCAGUGACCUCCAUUUUGGAUCCAGAGGAGGAAGAGGCCACCUUCACUGCCCCACACAAUGGUGCCAACCCACAGAAAGUGGAGGACCUGCAAAAGAAGCUAGGAGUCCUGUCCAACCUGGACCGCCCAGUGCCCACCAUUGAGGACCCAGAGGAAAAGGACGCCUUGCUAGAGAAAGCGGAUGCCCAGCGAAAGGAAGCUGGUGCUCCGUGGGGUGGUGCCACCCAAAAGAAAGUGAAGGACUUGCAACAGAAGCAGGAAGUCCUGGACACCCCAGUGAUCACCAUUUUGGACACAGAGGAGGAGGAGGAGGAGGCCACCUUGUAUGAUCUGUGGGAUGGUGCCACCCCAGAGAAGGUGAUGGACCUGCAAGGGAAUUGGAGAGACCUGGCCACUCCAGACAUGUUGUCCCCCAUUGAGGACCCCGAAGACGAGGAGGAGGAGGAGACCACUUUGGAUGCCUUGCUGGAGAAAACGGAUGCCCUGCAAAAGGAAGCGGGUGCCCUGAAGGAUGGUGUCACCCUCCAAGGGAAGGUGAAGGACCUUCAAGGGAAGCGGGGAGUCCUGGCACUUGCAUUGCGUGACUUCAUCGCUAAGGAAAUCUGGGCCCUGGAGCAGGAGGCAGAGGCCCUGUGGGAUGCCUGGUUUCUGAAAGCCUUGAGACAUAUCCCUCCAGAGAACCUGGGUUGGUUACAAGAGAAAGUGGGUGCCCUGAACAAUGCCCUUCGUGAGUUUGUAGCAGAUACUCCACUGCAGAAGAAGAUGAGUGCCUUGGAAAAGAUGGAGGCACUGAGAGAUGCCUUGCAAGAGGAUGGAAGUGCCUUGCGCCAUGCCCCACUGGAGAGAGAUGCCCUGUGGGAGAAGGUGACAGAGCUGAACUUUGCUCUGUGGGAGAUCCAGCUUGACAGAAUGGUUACCCUCCUGGGGGUAGUAGAUGCAUGCUGGGAUGCUCUCAGGAAAGCCCCCCAAAAUGGGGUGGGUGCUUUGCUGAAGAAGCUGAAGGCCAUGCAGGGCAUCUUGAGGGCCACUCCACUGAAGGAGCUGAGUGUCCUGCACAAGAUCACAAGUGGUUUGCUUGAUGCCAUGGUGGAUUUUCCAAGGGAUGCCCCAGCAAAGGAGAAACAGUAUGCCCUGUGGGAUGCCUUGCAAGAUGUCCCACUGAAGGAGAUGGGUGGCCUGUGGGGGAAGGUGAGGACCCUAUGGGGUAUCCCACUGAAGCUGUUUGGUGUGUGGGAGAAGGUAUACAAUCUGAAGGUAUUCCUGUGGGAUGACUCACAGAAUAGAGUAUGUAACUUGCAAGAAAAUGUGGAGGCCCUGAAAGAUGCUCUGAGGGAUGCCCUAUGGGAGAAGAUGGGUGCCGAGCAAGAUAAGCUCAGCGCCCUGUGGGCAAGCGUGCAGAGUUUCCCACUGAGUAAACUAGUUGCCCUGCAGGACAAGCUUAAUGCUUUGGAGGAGAGGUUGUUGAGUGUCUUGGAAGAAAAACAUUCCCCCCUGAAAGAAACAGCAAGUGCCUCACAGAAGGUGCUAGGCUCCCUGCACAGUCCCCCGCGGGGAGAGCUGUCUGAGAUACCAGAAGAGGAGGUGGAUGCCCAGCAGAGAACCCCUGCGGAAGAAGAGAUCAUGGAAGCAGACAAAACAGACUCUUUGCCAGCAUGGAAAACCCCAGAUCCAGGCGAGAGUCAGAGGAAUCCAGGGAAAGCCCACCUGCUUCAGCCAUUGUUACAACCUUGGACAGCUCUGCAGAUGAAUAAUCCCAUCCCAGUUAAUAAUGUUACCUCUUUUUCAAUGCAGGAACAGGUUCCCAAUCCUGCUUUUCCUAACACUGUGGCUUUACCAGGACUGCAAAAUGGCCAGCUCUCUUGUACUCUGGAAACCCAGCCAUCCCUUCUGCAACCUGUCCUGCCAUUAUCUGCUACAGCUGGUGUCCUAUCUAACCAGCAUGAAACGCCAUCAGGUAUGACUCCUCCACAGCCAGCAGUGCCUUCACAGCCACCCACACUUACCUCCUCCUUUGCUAUACCCUCCACUUCAGUGGCUGACUCAGCUCCAGAUGUUGACCAGAUACAAAGCACACCUACAGUGGGUCACACCACAGACAGCAAUGCAGUGUUGAAUCACAGUACAGCAUCAGAUGCUAGGGAAGGUUCCAUCCUGAAAGCCAUCUUGAGAGCAAACUACAUUAAUCCAGAACCUUGGCAGUCCAGCCGAGGCACCCUUUCUACAACUCAACAGGGAGAUUUUUCAAAGACGGAACAAAUGAUCAAUCUGAGUGUGGACCACAACAUUUCAGUGACCGCCAGCCAGCCGGAUGAUCAUGGUUGCUCCCAAGGACAAAAUACACAAGAGACUGAAGAGCUAAUAAGUGAAGAUGUUUUGGAAGCCCCCCUUUCCAGCUCUGAACAGACUGCUCCAGAGUUGGCAAAUUCAGAGCCUCUGCAUAAAAAGCAGAAAACAGAUCCUCUUCAUAAUUCCCAAGGGCCUACUUUGGAUCAGGAAAUGAUGAAGGAAUAUAGAAAGUACAGAAAGUGUGUUCUUGCCAUUUUAAAUCAGUAUAAGUCUAGAGUGGACAAGUUGAGGACAAAGUUAAAGCAGUCCCCCAACCAAACCUGUGCCUUAAAGGAUACAGAAGAAAUAAAGGCUCUGACUUCUACCUUGAAAAGAGAGCAAGCAGUCCUGAAGCAAUUUGACUGUUUUCGGGAUGUACACAAAAGCAAGGAUGAUCCAUAGGGUAAAGGAUUGUAAUUUGGGUUGAAGUUAUAUUAAAAUGUCUAAUGAAUACUAAAUAUGUGAAAGCCAGUGGUUCUCAACUUUAGUUCUGCUAGUGUUUUGAACAUCAGCUCUUGGAAGCCCCAGCCAGUUUAACCAAGAGUCAGGAACUCUGGGAUCAGCAAUCCAAAAUCUCUAGAGGACCUAAGUUUGGGAACCACUGGUGUGCAGUGUUAUUUCACAGAAUACACUAAAGCACCUAACACAUUCUCCUUUGUUAUAUGAAACCCAAAAGCAACCUUGGGAAGACCACAACUCUGCCUAGAGCUAGGCAAGUCCGGUUGGAGCCAGGCAGUCACAGCUCAGGGUAUGGAGUGACGGGGAGCCUAGGUGGAGGAAGGAUAAAAUCUAGAGGACUAUAUGGUAGUCAGAAAGAUGAAGCAGAGUCAGGCAGUCUGAGAUGGGGGAAAUCUGAGUAGGGGUUUGGAAGCAGUGUAUGAGGGAAAGGUUCAGGGCAUUCAUGCUUAACCUAAUUGUUAUAUAAUAAAUCUUUACUGCUUUUUUCUA